AUGUAUUACUUCCUCAGCAACCUCUGUCUAUGUGACGUUAUGUUGACCACAAACAUUGUACCAAACAUGCUCUUUGUUAUAUGGAGGAAAGGUAAGACAAUAUCCUUUGGUGUUUGCCUUUUACAGUUUUAUAUUUACAGUGUUUGUGGAGGUACAGAGUGUCUUCUACUCACUGUUAUGUCUUAUGAUCGUUAUCUUGCUAUAUGUAACCCAUUACGCUAUUCCGCUAUCAUGAAUUUUAACCAGUGCCUAAACCUUAUCUUCUGGUCUUGGUUUUUGGGAUCUCUGACAGCGAUAAUUACAGUUAUUAUGAUAUGUGGUCUAGAAUUUGCAGGACCUAACACUAUUGACCAUUUAUUCUGUGAUCUUGAGCCACUGCUACAGAUUUCCUGCUCAGAAACUUACUUUGUGCAGUUGGAAGUCCAUUUAUCUACUAUUCCUCUGCUAUGCUUUCCUAUCAUCUACAUUGUUGUAUCUUACAUACAUGUUUUCAUCACUGUCCUCAACAUUCCAUCCACCAGUGGCCGACAGAAAGUCUUCUCCACGUGCAGCUCACACUUGACUGUUGUGUGUGCGUUUUAUGGAACACUGUUCACUAUUUACACAGUUCCAUCCAAAACAAAAUCAACAGACACCAACAAAUUUCUUUCACUAAUCUAUACAGUGGUUACCCCCUUGCUGAACCCAGUAAUAUAUGGUUUGAGGAGUCAAGAUAUACGUAGAGCCCUGAAGAAAUUGGCCUAA